GCUUGUUAUGGGGUUGGCGUGAGGGAAACAAGGAUUUUUCCAACCUUCAUUACCAGUUAAACCAGUAACUCUGGAUAGAGCACACACAAGUACCGGAUCAGUUUUUACCUUUGUGGUCCCUGAUGGCUUCGCACAGUGAUACUCUGGUGGUGUUCUUUGGGGCAACAGCUGGUGCAAAUGGGGGUAAACUGGGUUCGGAUGAGAGGGAAAUAAUUCUCUUGGUGUGGCAAAUUGUGGAUCUACAUGAAAAAAAGGUGGGGAAACUUCAGCGGCGCCUAAUUAAGCCGGACACAUUGGAGCUAACUGACCAAUGCAAAGAGGACACCGGGCUAACAACAGAAGACCUGUGUAAAGCCGAACCACUGGAUAAUGUUCUGCAACAGUUCCAUCAGUGUGUUUCUGCUGAGGUGAAGACUCUGGGCAGAAGCUCUUACACGCUGUGUGUCGACGGACCGCUGAUUAUCCGGCAGGCACUUCACCCCGAAGCCUCCAAAAAGAAUCUGGUUCUAGCUGAAUGUUUCUAUUCGUUUGUGGAUUUGAAGAAAGAAUUUCACAAAUGCUGUCCCAACGCCGGUCCUGUGAAAGGUCUCACCCUGUCCUCCAUGCUAGAAUAUGUAUGUUUACCUCCUGUGGUGGAGUUGACGGCAGGAGUCAGGGAGGUGAAGAGCAUGGUCCAGUUAAUUCUCCACAUCCUGGCUGAGCCAUACAAUCACAAAUUCUCCAAUUUUGAGACUGUAAAUUACAAGUUUGAAUCAGGAGCAUGCAGUAAGACUGAACCUGUGGACAGUGAGACGGUGAUCAGGGCCCGAGGGUUGCCAUGGCAAUCCUCUGACCAGGACAUUGCCCGGUUCUUUAAGGGCCUCAACAUUGCCAAAGGUGGCGUGGCUCUCUGUCUGAAUGCCCAGGGCAGGAGGAAUGGAGAAGCUUUGGUGCGUUUUAUAAACUCUGAACACAGAGACAUGGCUUUGGAGAGACACAAACACCACAUGGGAAGCAGAUACAUUGAGGUUUACAAAGCCACCGGGGAGGAGUUUCUCAAGAUCGCAGGAGGCACCUCUAAUGAGGUGGCUCAGUUCCUUUCCAAGGAGAACCAGGUUAUCAUCCGAAUGCGGGGGCUUCCCUUCACGGCCACUCCCCAGGACGUGCUGGGAUUCCUGGGACCCGAGAGCCCGGUGACGGACGGGACGGAGGGUCUGCUCUUCGUGAAGUAUCCCGACGGACGGCCCACGGGAGACGCGUUCGUGCUCUUCGCCUGCGAGGAGUACGCUCAGAACGCCCUGAAGAAACACAAGCAGAUCCUGGGCAAGAGAUACAUCGAGCUGUUCCGCAGCACCGCUGCCGAGGUCCAGCAGGUGCUGAAUCGCUACAUGUCCACUCCUCUGAUCUCCACCCUUCCUCCUCCACCCAUGGUCCCUGUGCCGGUUCUGGCCACCCCGCCCUUCUUGGCCACGGGCAGCACCCGGGACUGCGUCAGACUCAGGGGCCUGCCCUUCACCGCUGCCAUCGAGGACAUUCUGGAGUUCAUGGGAGAACACACAAUAGAUAUCAAACCACACGGCGUGCACAUGGUGCUGAACCAGCAGGGUCGUCCCUCAGGCGACGCGUUCAUCCAGAUGAAGUCGGCCGACCGAGCCUUUAUGGUGGCCCAGAAGUGCCACAAGAAGAUGAUGAAGGACCGUUAUGUGGAGGUGUUCCAGUGUUCCACUGAGGAGAUGAGCUUCGUUCUGAUGGGAGGAACCUUGAACCGCAGCGGCCUUUCUCCUCCCCCCUGCAAACUGCCCUGUCUCUCUCCUACAGCGUACGCUGCGUUUCCAGCUCCUGCUAUGAUCUCUACAGAAGCAGCACUCUACCAGCCCCCCCUGCUGGCCACCCCCAGAACUCCCCAGCCUCCUGCUCACAGCGCUGCCCCUGCUCUGGCUUACUACUCUCCUCAGCCACACGCUGCACAGCUCUACAUGAAUAUGAAUAUGAACUAUACAGCAUACUACCCCAGCCCCCCGGUGUCACCGUCCACGGUCAGCUACUUUGCGGCCCCUCCCGGUCCGGUGGCGGCGGCCGUGGCAGCCCAGGCUCCCCCUCCCAUAAUGCCCCAGCCCGGGGCACUGGUGCGCAUGCAGGGCCUGCCCUACAACGCCGGCGUCAAGGACAUUCUCAGCUUCUUCCAGGGCUAUCAGCUCCAGGCAGACUCGGUCCUCGUCCUGUAUAAUCUGAGCGGGAGGAGGAGCGGAGAGGCUCUGGUGACAUUCCCCAGUGAGGACGUGGCGAGACGGGCAGUGGCCGAACGCUCCAACCUCCCCCUGUCGGGCCACCCCAUCCGCCUGGCCUGCUGCGAAUGACCCCGCUCUCAAAAACACACACACACACCGCGCCUCAGGAGAGAGGAGCACACCCCACCCCC